GGACACGAGGUGGACCGACUACUGCAGGAUAAAACUCCGAUCGAAUCUCGCGUCGCACUCAAAUCUUAUUUAUAUCUCCUAUCCUUCUCUCCAUCCCUUCCACUUUCUGAGCGGAUAAAGCAACCGCAUAGCUUCACUGGGCUCCCGGCCUUUGCAAGAUGCAAGUCAAGUUCCUGGCAACUUUGUUGCCGCUUUUGCUGCAUCUUCCUGCGGGUGUGGACGGUCUGCAAGGAAAAAAUGCGCGUAUUUCGGCGUCUUUGAAGAGACACGCCGGUCGCGACGUGCCCCAAACAGCUCUUAACUCCACCAAUGUCUAUCCGACUAAAUUCUCGGGCGUGACCUGGGAUGAGGAUCAUUGGCUGCUCACCACCACCACGCCUGAUCAGGGCCACUACCAGUCGCGUGGGUCUGUUGCCAACGGAUACCUGGGAAUCAAUGUUGCCAACAUUGGUCCCUUCUUCGAGCUUGACGAUCCCGUCAAUGGCGAUGUGAUCAAUGGCUGGCCCCUGUACUCCCGGCGUCAGAGUUUCGCUACUAUCUCCGGUUUCUGGGAUAGACAAGCCCACACCAACGGCUCCAACUUCCCUUGGCUUUCGCAGUAUGGAGAUGACAGUGUGAUCAGUGGUGUUCCGCACUGGAGUGGCCUGGUUCUUGACUUGGGUGAUGACACGUACCUGGACUCUACCGUGGAUAACCGCACGAUUUCGAACUUUGAGUCUACCUAUGACUUCAAGUCGGGCGUACUGUCCUGGUCGUAUACCUGGACCCCUCAAGGAAACAAAGGCUCUUAUGCAAUCACUUAUCGACUCUUCGCGCACAAAUUGUACGUGAACCGAGCCGUGGUGGACAUGGAGAUCACCCCUCUGACAAACGGUAAUGCCACGGUGGUCAACGUGCUGGAUGGCUAUGCAGCUGUCCGCACAGACUUCGUCGCAUCUGGUCAAGAGGAGGGUGCAAUCUUCUCUGCUGUACGGCCCUGGGGAGUCAACAACGUCACGGCUUACGUCUAUGCGACCUUGGAUGGCUCCGAGGGUGUCAACUUGUCUUCGCGUAGGAUCGUUACCGACAAGCCUUAUGUGAGCACAAACAGCUCGUCGGUUGCACAAGCGGUCGAUGUCACGUUUAGGGCGAAUGAGACUGUCCGCAUCACCAAGUUUGUGGGCGCCGCCACCACGGACUACUUCCUUCUCACACAGGAGACAGCCAAGGCUGCAUGCCUGGCUGGCUUGGCUGAUGGCUACGUCAAGUCGCUGCAGUCGCAUGUCGGAGAAUGGGCCACGAUUAUGCAUGACAACUCUGUCGAUCGCUUCACGGAUCCAGCGACCGGCAGGCUACCUGAGGACAGCCACAUUGUCGACUCGGCCAUCAUUGCUGUCACGAACACCUACUAUCUGUUGCAGAACACCGCUGGAACCAAUGCGAUCGCGGCUGCUGGUGGAAUCCCUGUGAAUGUUGACAGUUGUGCGCCUGGUGGACUUACCUCGGAUUCGUACGGUGGCCAGAUCUUCUGGGAUGCAGAUCUAUGGAUGCAGCCUGGUCUUGUGGCCUCUCACCCUGAGUCGGCUCAGCGGUUCACCAACUACCGUAUCGCAUUGCACUACCAAGCUCAGGCCAACAUCGAAACGGCAUUUACUGGCUCGAAGAACCAGACCUCUUUCAGCUCUUCCGCGGCGAUCUACCCCUGGACCAGCGGGAGAUUUGGCAACUGCACCGCAACCGGACCGUGCUGGGACUACCAGUAUCAUCUGAAUGGCGACAUUGGCCUGGCAAUGAUCAAUCAGUGGGUUGCAAGUGGCGACACGGCGUGGUUCAAGAACUACCUGUUCCCGAUCUAUGAUGCAGCAGCCACCCUCUACUCUGAACUGGUGGAGCGGAAUGGCUCAUCCUGGACAUUGACGAACAUGACUGAUCCGGAUGAGUAUGCCAACAGCAUCAAUGCGGGCGGAUUUACUAUGCCGUUGAUUGCCGAAACACUGCAGAACGCCAACAAGUUCCGCAAGCAGUUCGGUCUGGAGCCGAAUGAGACAUGGGACGAAAUUGCAGAGGACGUUCUCAUUCUCCGCGAGAACGGUGUCACUCUGGAAUACACAACGAUGAACGGCACUGCUGUCGUUAAGCAGGCCGACAUCGUCCUCAACACGUUCCCGUUGACUUAUGAGUCGGACAACUACACGGCGACGAACUCGCUGACCGACUUGGACUACUAUGCAAACAAGCAAUCCGCAGAUGGACCAGCGAUGACAUAUGCCAUCUUCGCGAUCGUCGCCAGCGAUGUCUCUCCGUCCGGCUGCUCUGCCUACACCUACCACCAGUACUCUUACGCCCCAUAUGCACGUGGUCCGUGGUACCAGCUGUCUGAGCAGAUGAUCGACGAUGCUAGCAUCAAUGGCGGAACUCACCCCGCGUUCCCAUUCAUUACCGGCCACGGUGGUGCUAACCAGGUAGCCCUCUAUGGGUACCUUGGUCUGCGUCUGCACCCUGAUGACACCCUCUACAUCGACCCGAACCUUCCGCCCCAGAUCCCUCAUAUCACUUACCGGACCUUCUACUGGCAUGGAUGGCCGAUUUCUGCGUGGUCUAACUACACGCACACCACGAUCCAGCGGGAUUCAUCUCUUGCACCACUGGCAAGCGCCGACCUUCUCUUCUCCAACGUUAGCAUCAAGGUCCAAGUCGGCCAGUCCACCGCCUCGGCCGAUGAGGCAACUAUUUACUACCUUCCACUCUCCGGAGAACUGACUGUCCCGAACCGCAUGAUCGGAUCUGUGAACACAACUCCUGGUAACCAAGUCCAGUGUCAUCCAGUUUACUCCCCGGAUGCCUACGAGCCAGGCCAGUUCCCCAUCUCUGCCGUGGACGGUGCUACCUCCACCAAAUGGCAGCCCUCGACGUCUGACUUGACUUCUUUGACGGUCACUUUGUCCACCACGACAGACGCGGCUGCGGAGGCAGUUUCUGGCUUCUACUUCGACUGGUCUCAGGCACCUCCCCAGAACCUGACCGUCAUCUUCCACGAUUCGCCCAUCGGAAACCCCUCCACUGUGUUCGCUGCCGCUGGCUCGAACUCCACAGGAUACCGGGUGGUUGCAUCGAUGUCCAACAUCGUGCAGUCGAAGCCGUACAACGCCAUCUCUGCUGAGGAGCUGAACGUAGUCUCUAUCCCCACCGCCAACACCACCACAAUUACACUGGAUGCGCCCGUCCAGAAGGCCCGGUUCGCCACGCUUCUGAUCGCAGGCAACCAGGCCAACGAGACUGCUGGUGCCACGGUGGCCGAGUGGGUCAUUCUGGGACAGAACAGCACUUCCAGCUCAGCAGCGCAGGCCAAGCGGCAGAUGAGUGCACGGAGCAAGGCCACUCUGGCUCAGCUUAGCUGAACAGCUUGCUCACUUUAACUACGAGACGGUCGCUUCUGUAACAUAGGUAUCCUUCCAUAUGUGGAUGAGAAGUACAUAAUCAAUUAAUGCUACAUAAUAUGAAUUACGAUCGAUCGAUCCUUGCUAGCCACAACCGGCUCACCACGCCAGUCUUCCGACCGGCCAGUGUACCAG